CCAGAAGCCUGGAGGAGAGAUGGAGCCCCAGCUCCUGGCCCCCCUCCCUCCCCUCCUUCCCCCCCAGGCUGUCUGAAAUGUCACCUUCCACCUAACCAUCAUCUUCCCCAGUUGUGGGUGUUAACUCUGGUCUCUGACUUCUGCUUGGCUCCACAUUCUCCACCCAUUUGCACAGAGGACUGUCACCUGUCCUUCCUAGACUCUCUAAGGCUUUCUGCUUUCCUCGUGUCCUGAUGGCCCACUCAGCUGAGAUGCCCACCCUCUUCAAAAUCCCGAACCCUACUCCUGAUCUUCACCAAGAGUCUUUGGACCCUCGGGUUAUCAUUGCCUUAUUCGACAUUGGAUCACUCCCCUCCUUUUCCUGGGGCUCUACACCUUCCCUAAAUAAUAGUAGUCAUCAAGUAAAAGAACAACAGACUGCACAGAAGUUUGAAAAUCUCUUAAGAGAAGUUAAAGAUAUUAUUAAAAACGUGGCAAGUUUGGAAGAGAAUAUCACGGAAGCAAAAGAACUUUUUGAGAUAACCAGUAUUUCCCAGGAUGUGUCUGAACUUAAAGAAAAAAUCAGAGGACUUGACAAAACAAACAACAUGCUCAUGGAAAACCUGUUUAUUAGUUUAGAACCAGAGAAAGAACAGAAUGCAAAGAAACUGGAGAUGCUACUGAUAAACCAGAAAUCUGCAAACACAGUACACGUUCCUCAACAGAAUCUGGCAAAUCAUUUCGAAAAAAUAGCUCUUGACAAAACUCAACUAAGUAAAGAGAAAGCAAAGUUCCUUUAUGUGCCAGGAGGACAUAUUAAACUUAGGAACAACAUGGAGCAGUUACUACAGGAAGCGGAACACUGGAGUAAGCAGCAUCUUGAGCUCAGUGAACUGAUCAAGUCCUAUCAGAAAUCUCAGAAGGACAUAAGAGACACUCUUGGAAACAGCGCAGUCUAUUCGCAAGUCCAGCCAAACAGCGACCUGUCAGCUAAGCCUGAGUUGGAGGAACAAGUGAAGAAGUUGCACGAGGACACUCAUUCACUGCAUUUGAUGGCCGCGUUGCUGGCAAACGAAUGCCAGAUUUUACAGCAGAGAGUAGAGAUUCUCAGAGAACUUCACCAUCAGGAAGAGAGAAGCCUGCGAGAGGAGCCAUUUCAGAUAAGCCACGUCCAGUACAAGAACCAUCCGCAGCCAACAGAAGCAGAGAAAGUAGAAACUGACGAACAGAACAUGAAAGAAAUGGAGGGUACAUUUCAGAGAAAAGACAGAUUCUAUCGAAGCCUGGAUGUUUGUCAUAAUAAGAAAGCCCGUAAUAACCGGUUCAAUGCUCGCAUUGCAAGAAGAGCUCUUCUAGGGAGAAAGAGGCCAGCCAGCAGCCUAAGAUAGGAAAUACCAAAAGUCAAAGAAAAGGUAACUCCCAAAACAUUUCACCUCGUACGCCCAACUUCAGGCAUUACCAAUCACUAGCCCUAGCUCUGCUCACUCAACCAAGAAAGAUCACGCUUAUGUUCUCCAUUAUCUCGUAGUUACGUAAGUUUCGUCUUUCACGACUGUUGUGUCAGCAUCAGCUGACAACUUUACAAUCUACUCCUGUUUUGUAGCUAUUAGAGAUCCUGCCACAUGUUAACCAAGAGUGAGAAGUUGCAGGUCCAUUUAAGUAAAAACACAAAUAAAAACCAGAAUAUGAAGA